CGCAGAUCUUUUGAACCAUGGAGAAUGUUUCUGCAAAGGUUGCCGAUCCAGCAAUGAAGGUGAUUGUUCGAGGAACCUUUAUUGAAGUAACCGAGGAGCUGAGUGAGGUCAACUGUAAGGUGUCCAAGCGGUGGGCGCGUUCAAAGAGCAUGCCGUUGCCUGAAUUGGACACCUCAAAGGAGAACGAACAACUUUUGGAGCUUACAGCUCGGCUGUGCGAGAGUCCGAAAACUGCCUCAGAUUUAGCACUUCGGCACGAAGUGCUGCAGCUCGUCGCAGAACAUGGGAAGUUACUGCCCGCGUCGCAGAACGAGGCAGAACGUGGGAUCCUUUUUGCGAAUUUAUGCAGACGCCUGAAGCUCAGCAAGAAGAGAUUGCGGCGUCUGGUCCGCCCAACAGAUUUUCAGCUCAGGCUUGAUCUGACUGCCCACAAAGAAGCAGUCCUUUUAAAUAACAUAGUCUUUUAGAAGCACUCCACAGAGUUUAGAACAGACUUUACGGCAUAGAUGGCUGCAAGCCAGUUGACGCAGUUGGCGACCAGUUGAGUUGCCCACAAGUUGUCGGAAGUUUGGAAAGCUGAGCUUCUGAAAGAAGUGAAAGCUUCUAUUGGAGAAAGUUCGCAAGUUGCAAAACAUAGAAAAAGA